CUGGACCAGACCUGGACCCAGAGUUCCUAGAAACACCACAGAGCUCACAUGUUCUCCAAAGGUUCUAGUAGAACCAGGUCCACUCUCCAUCUGGACAUUUUUUCGGCGUUGGCCGAUGUGCUCAGGCCAAACAGUUCGGCUGGACCCAGGGUCGCUGGCCCAAGAAGAGCGCAGAGUUCCUUCUGCACAUGCUCAAGAACGCAGAGAGCAACGCUGAGCUGAAGGGUCUGGACGUGGACUCUCUGGUCAUCGAACACAUCCAGGUGAACAAGGCCCCGAAGAUGAGGAGGCGCACCUACCGCGCCCACGGCCGCAUCAACCCCUACAUGAGCUCCCCCUGCCACAUCGAGAUGAUCCUCACCGAGAAGGAGCAGAUCGUCCCCAAACCAGAGGAGGAGGUGGCCCAGAAGAAGAAGGUUUCACAGAAGAAGCUGAAGAAGCAGAAGCUCAUGGCUCGGGAGUAAAUGUCAAUAAAACCCUGGUUUUUGUCACAAGA